AUGAAUUGGGCGCUGGUGGCCUUUGCUCUGACCGUUUCUACUGUAAAUGGAGAAAAAACAGUACGCCACGUUCACUUGAGCCUUUCUGAUGACCCCACGGAAAUGAUUGUCUCCUGGACCACUUUACGGCCGCGUAAGUUCUGUUAAAAAAAUGCCCGGUCGAAGUACCAACUUUCGAUUUGAAGUUCCUGGGAUCGUUCCAUACGUUAAUUAUGGCACUUCGCCCUCUCAUCUCUCCGAAAAAGUGAGGGCUUCAACUGUUACGUGGACCGACGGCGGCGAACUGAAAAGAGUUCGUUACACACAUCGGGCGUUUCUCAAGUAUCUCCAUCCAGGAGCCAGAUACUGUAAGAAGGUGUCGCGAAAUCCUAAAAAAAGAACCAACUGUAGACUACUCGGCCGGCAGCGCAAAUGAGAUGUCGCGCGUCUUUUCAUUCUUCCAGCCGGACGGUACGCGUCCUUUGAGAGCCGCUGUUUACGGCGAUGUCUCUCUUGUCAACGGAUUCUCUAUCGGUCCCCUCGUUGAAGCUGUAAAAAAUGCCGAGUUCGAUCUUAUAAUUCAUCUAGGUGAAUUUCGAAAGACACCGGAACGUUGAGAACAAAUAUCUGCAGGUGACUUUGCGUACGACCUCGGCAAAGAAAAUGGGAGCAAGGGCGACGCAUUUAUGAAUGCUUUAGAGCCUAUUAUGGCCGAAGUACCUUAUAUGGUGGGUUCCAAUGCAAAUUUUUAAACUAAAAAACCACGAUAUGCAAGGAUAAAAUUUAUCAAUAUGCAAGGAUAAAAUUUAUCAAAUUAAAAGAAAAACGAGAAACUAAAAAGAUCAAGUAUUUUCAAAAUGAAUGCUUUGGAUCCAAUUGGAGCCUAUUAUGGCUGUACCGAAACUAGAAAAGAAUUUCAAAGUUAAAUUAUAUAAAAAAAUUAUUAAACUUGAAAAAAAGAGAUUCACGCGCGUUUUUUUCAUUUUUUUAUUCGCUGCAGAAAUAUCGUCAACCGUAACUUGAAAUAAAUUUUUCGUUUUUUUCUUUUUUUGAAUUUUCCAUAAAUCUUUAAAAAAACUUGCACUCAAUUUUUUUUCAAUAUAGUGAAAAAAAGCUGUCUAGGUUAUCAAUAAUUCUGUUUUAUGCAUAUUGAACACAAAUUUCAAAUUACAGACUAUUGCCGGCAACCACGAGUCUGAACAAAACUUUUUGCACUAUGAAAAUCGCUUCACGAUGCCUUUCAACGGAUUUUAUCAGGACAAUCAAUUUUGGAGGUUAGAUUUUUUUUAUGAGUAGAGAAAGUUUUUUGAUAUGCACUAUUUCAGCAUUACCAUAGGAGUUUUACAUAUGAUCGGAAUAAGCACAGAAUAUUAUUUGACUGGAAGGACUUAUGAAGUUCAAACGCAAUACGAAUGGCUCAAAAACGACCUUCAGACGGUAAUUUUUUGGAAUCAACUAAAUUUUCAGCUCUUUCUCUAUAUAGAACCGUGGCAAAUGGAAUGUUGUUUUCAUGCACCGGCCGCUAUAUUGCUCGAGCAAAUCUCCUUCUGGUUGCAAUGGCGAAGAAAAUACGCUUGUAGGAAGGAUCAGUUUCUUACUUUCUUUUCCAAAAUUACAGCCGAGAGAUGGAAAAUUCGGCUUUCCGGGUCUGGAGGCACUUUUCAACAACGAAGGCGUCGAUAUGGUGUUCUGGGGCCAUGAGCACACCUACGAGCGUCUCUGGCCUGUCUUCAAAUCAAAGCCUUUCGUAGGAUCGGACCUGCAUGUGAUUCAUAACGCUCCAACGCCAAUCUACAUUCUUUCAGGAGCUGCUGUUAGUUUUUGUUUCAAUUCUUUUAGAAAUUUUUUUUCUCAGGGUUGUUAUGAUCAUUUGUAUCCUAACGAAACGAUCGCCCAACCUUUCUCGGCCGUUCGACUUGGCAAUUACGGCUAUGUCGUGCUCACGACUCACAACUCAACUCAUUUGA